AUGUUAGAAUACAAGAGUAUCUUCAGUUCUAUCUACAUCGUCAUCAGUUCUUACCUCAGCAGGAUCAUUGCUAUCUUCAUCUCCACAGACAACAUCUCCUGCGUUACUGCCGCUAGUGUCAUCUCCUACAUUACCGCUGCCGAUCAGACAACCCUAAAGCUGGCGCAUGAGAUGCUCACAUCUAGCCAACGUGCUGAAAUCCACAGCUUUGCAACAACAGACCGACCUGUAGCGAGCGCACAGCGCCUGCAAGAAGGCCUCCAAGGGCUAGACCUCGUUAUUUUCGCGAUGCCAGCGGGUCCAGCACGCACCGCGAUUGAGCAAAUCAGACGACAUAUAAUACUUAACGAUGCCAAUAUUGAUACCUGA